AUGGAAUAUUUUAAUUGUGUAUCAAUCAAUUAUUAUUCUGAUAAAGCUAGAUAUGAAAUUUCAUUGCCAAACAGUAAAUUUUUAACAUAUGUAGAGUUAUUUCAACAAUCAAAAAGGGAAUACGAAGAGUUUUCAGAUGUUGAACUUGAACAAUUUUCUAUUUCAGAAGGAUGGUUACCAUUACAUGAACAGUGUUGGUGUGCAUUGAAUAUAAUUAGAAACUUUUCUUUUACACAUGAUAAUCAUAAGUAUUUGGCACAUCAUCCAAGAAUUAAAUCUUCAAAAACUGAUUUACAUAAUAAAAAAAGAUAUGCAAGGAAAAAAGCUUAUGAUAUAUUAGAAUAUCGUAAAAGUGUUCUAAUAAUUUUAUCAAAUAUUGCAGGAUAUGUUCUGAUACCUUCAAUACCAGUAGCAAGUGAACUUUUAUUGAUAAUUUCAGAUUUUCUAAAUAAUUCAGAUGAUUAUUAUGCACAGAUAGCAUUAGAAGUUUUAUCCAAAUUGACAGUCUCAUAUGAAAAUAGACAGAAAUUUGGUGAAUGUGAUGAAGAUACAUUGAAAUCAAUUUUUGAAAAACUUGUAAGAUUGUUGCCAAAAGCUGAAAAAUUACCAUUCUUAGCUACCUUGAUAAUGUCGUUUUUUAAUUUUGCAAGUUUAAGUAAUGAAACUAUGAAAAAAAGAAUUAUAACCACACCAGGAUUUAUAAAUCGAAUGCUUAAGAUGACAUUGGUAUUGGCAAGUGUUAGAAAUAUUAGAACAGGUGUUAACGAAGUAGAUUGUGUUAUGUUAGCUAGAAGAUCAAUGGAAAUGCUCAAAGUGUUGGCCAAAGGAAAUAAAGAAAGUUUUCUUGUAUAUAAUGAACAGUUAUUAAAUGCUUUAUUAACUCCAUAUAUUGAUCCUGUUGUAGUAAAAGAUCUAGAGGGUAUUGUUAUUUAUCAUGUUGAUAUAUAA